CAAAUAUGCACCAAGUCAUUAUGCAGUGUUACAGUUGAUCUUCCAGGGGUCCAAAUCUUUUUUAUUAAGUGCUAGCAACCGCCAUAGCACAGUUACUCUACUCACUAUUACGAAGUACUACACCUCCAGGAUCUAGUAACUACAGUCAGUACCUUAAGUAACGACAGAGCUUAAUUUAUUAGAUUGACACGCGUCACUUAUAAUUGUGAAGCUCGACUGACUUUCUUUCUAUUUACAGUUGUCGCUGCACUCGCACUUAUCACAUUAUAUACCAAAAGAAAAUCCAUUUACUUAUUUUUCAACAAUUCCUCCACAAAAAUAAAAAUGGACGCCGGCGCACCCCCAUACCCUCCUCUGGAGGACCGCCCCAUCAAGAACACCAUCGCCCUAUUCGACGUCGACGAGACCCUCACCCCCGCGCGCCGCACCGCGAGCCCCGAGAUGCUGCGGACGCUCGAGCAGCUGCGGCAAAAAGUCGCCAUCGGCUUCGUCGGCGGUUCCAACCUCGUGAAGCAGGAAGAACAACUGGGGGCGGCGGCGAAGCUGCCGGUGACCUCGAUGUUCGACUUCUGCUUCAGCGAGAACGGGCUGACGGCGUACAAGCUCGGCGCCGAGCUGCCGUCCAACAGCUUCAUCAAGUGGAUCGGCGAGGAGCCCUACAAGGAGCUCGUCCGCUGGAUCCUCCACUACGUCGCCGACCUCGACAUCCCCGUCAAGCGCGGCACCUUCGUCGAGUUCCGCAACGGCAUGAUCAAUGUUUCCCCCAUCGGCCGUAAUGCGAGCACCCAGGAGCGCAACGAUUAUGAGGCGUUUGAUAAGCAGCAUAAGAUUCGCGAGACGAUGGUCGCGAAGAUGAGGGAGAAGUUUGGGCAUUUGGGGUUAACCUUCUCCAUCGGCGGCCAGAUCUCCUUCGACGUCUUCCCCACCGGCUGGGACAAGACGUACUGCCUGAAGCACCUCGAGGACGAGGCCAAGAAGCCCGGCGGCAUCGCCUACACCACCGUCCACUUCUUCGGCGACAAGACCUCCCCCGGAGGCAACGACUACGAGAUCUACACCGACCCCCGCACCAUCGGGCACUCCGUCAAGGGGCCCGAGGACUGUCUGAGGCAGAUUCGGGAGACUUUUGGUUUGUGAUGAUGUUGAGCGAAUGGGUUUAAGCUUGGGUGGC